AUGGCUAGAUUGGGGGAUUCCAUUCACUUCUCAGACAGAAGACAUGGACGAUGUUUACAACCGAGACAAAAGCUCAUGGAACAAGAGAUCUUAGAACUCAAAAACUACCUUCCUGAGUGGACUGCCGCAAAACAGCACGAGAAACCAGGAAUAUUCACAGCCAUAGCUCGAGCGGCAAGGUUGUUUUCUCCAAAGCUUGACCAUGGACAAUGGAAAAAGAGGAAGCAGAUCUAUAAAACCCGGUUGUUCAAGAACAAGAAAAAGAAGGAAACAAAGGACAUGAUAAAGUAUGGGAGGAAAUGGACCCCUAGGAUGGUGGUCUAUCAGCAGAACAGAGAUGACGUGCUCAAGAGGAUUGAGGCGAAAUACAGGGCGAAGCCAGGAGCUCCAGAUAUGUUCAAGUAUUACCAGGUGACCGUCUGGAAGGUGAUGGAAGAAUUGUUGGAUGAAGAGUUGGAGAAGGCAAAAGAAACAGCUGACGAAUGGUCCAACAACAUUCCUCCUCCCGAGAUCCAAGUGCAAGUUGCCAGUAAGAAGGGACCCACAUACAUGGAGCACUUCUCCAACGAGAUGUGGAGACAAUGCAGGAUGAGAGUGUUUGUAUUGUCCGCCUGGAAGAAUGAGCAGGGACAGGUGCUAUUUGGAAUGCAUGAUGAUAAUGAGGCAUUGGGAGAUGCGGACAGCUUCAUGAAGACAAAGGACUGGGAGGAUAUUGAACCAAUGUGGCAGGAGUAUGCACAAGCACAGUUCACCUUCGAACUGGACGUGAAUGGGGAAGGCAUCCCAUCGCUUCUGGACACUGUGCAAACAAAGCUCGAGGAGAAGAAGGCAAUAGCCGUUGUCCCUUGGAGUGCCAUCAUAGAAUGUGAGGAUGACUUUGUAUCACCAAUGUAUCUUCCGAGCGGGGUGCAUUUGAAGGACCCUUCAAAGUUGCAACACUCCAAUGCAACCGCCUUGCUGAACUUCUGGUAUGCUCACCAGGAGAAUGGUGAUGAUCCGAUCUUCCUGUUCAAAGCAUGGAAGAACAAAGUCGGCAACAUGAUGAAACCAGUCUCGACCGGGGGAUCAGACAAGUCAUCAUCCAACGAGUCUCAUGCUUGCAUCCCUCACUGGGGCAUCAUGAUCAGGAGGCCACGGGAUUCAUCAACGAAAUCUGAGAUUGAUGGGGAUGAUGACUCUGGAAUGGAUGAGGACGGUGCUAGAACUGUCCAUAAGGGGGUUCGGGUAGCGCCAGGACCACUGUCAGCCCGGAUCAUUGGGCAAGGAGUGCGACACCCGCUUCCGAAGCCUCACCUGGUGAGGCCAGCAAGGCCAGUGCAACUGGCUGCUGGUCCGCUGCUGGGGUCACAGAUGGGAAAUCUCCUCAUGGGGUUGACUCGUGAAAACUGA